GCAUCUUCAAUCGUCGGAUGGUUUUCAUUGUUUAUUAUUCACGGAGUACCUCCAUAGUUUCAUUACUACGUAACCACAGAAGCUAUCAGCACAUUUCUCUUCACAAUAUCUUCCCAGCACGUCGUCUGUCGAUGUUCCUGAUCCGUCCAGUCUCCUUCGACAUCUCCUUUAACAUUGCCAUCGGCUUCUACUGCGACUUUGAGCUCUGCCUCAAAUGAAACGCCUACUUCUCAAUCAACAUCACACGCUCAGGGAUCAGGUCCCUUAUUUAGGCCGUAUCAUCGGUGUUUCGAUCGUUGGAUGACUGUCAAGCCAACUCAUCCCUAUAUGAUCUGCCUGAUUGUGUCCAGCAAAUGUGGCCGGCGUUGUGAGAAGUGUGCUAAGGCCCAUGUGAUUUAUACUCCGCUACCGGACGCGGUAUUGCAGAGUCUCCCGCAUCUUCUGCAUCGGAAGUCUCACUUGGAGCGGGAAUCCCGUCGGUUUCUAAAGGAGCUCCGUAUAUUUUCCUGCACCCGGCUCCACCAUGCUGGCUUGACUCUUGUCGCCUACUCGAUGCACUCGAUGCUGCAUCGUCGUCUGCCGUUCACAGCAUUACAUCUGCCGCCGAUUUGCCGCGGUAUCGAGAUCUCUAGUCAUAUCGAAGGCAUGAGUUCCCCUCAACAGUCAGUCGAUGCAAAAGAGGAGCUGACUAUAAUCCAUUGCUCUUUAUUGUCUAGCACAUACGACCAUAGGGUGUGGAAAAACAGGGCUUCCCGUCCGCUCAGCCGUACUUAAGCCACACGCCGGCCGGUUAGUAGUUGGGUGGGUGACCACCAGCGAAUCCCGGCUGUUGUAUGUUUUUUGCUCACCUGGUCUUUUCUUCUUUGCUUCAUUGUAUGCCAUUGCUGCCCUCUGAAGCCUUCAAGGCACAUGCAGCCGCUGCC